AUGCCUGGUCCUCUUCUUUAUGCUCUCUUCGCGCUCGUCCUCUUGCUCGGCGGCGGUCCGGCGUGUUCGGCCGCGUCGACGGACACCGUCUCGCCCGGCGAUGUCGUCGCCGGCGACGAUAGGGUCGUCUCCAACAACGGCAAGUUCGCGCUCGGCUUCUUCAGAGCUCCCGUCAACACAGACGGCGGUGAGUCGUCUGCUCAAAAAUGGUUCCUAGGCAUAUGGUUCAACACGUUGCCCAGCCGCACCACGGUAUGGGUGGCGAACGGUGCAGACCCAGUCAUGGACGGCGCCUCCGCCGACUCGCCGGAGCUCACCGUCUCCGGCGACGGCGACCUGGUUGUCCUACACCCAGCCACAAAGUCAAUCACCUGGUCAACCCAGUCAGCCAACGUUUCAACCAAGAACACCACCACCAACAACACUGCAGCUGUCCUCCUGAACAGUGGAAACCUCGUACUGCUAGAAACCUCAAACCUGUCUGAUCAACCUCGUACACUGUGGCAGAGCUUCGAUCACCCAACCGACACUCUCCUCCCCGGCGCGAAGCUCGGCCGCGACAAGCUCACCGGCCUGAACCGCCGUCUCGUCUCCAGGAAGAGCAUGGCCGGCCCAUCCCCUGGACCUUACUGCUUUGAGGUAGACGACGACGCGCCUCAGCUCGUCCUCAAGCUCUGCAAUUCCUUUAUCACCUACUGGUCAAGUGGAACAUGGAAUGGUCACUACUUCAGUAACAUCCCUGAGCUGAUCGGCUUCACACCCAAUUUUCACCUUGCAUUCGUCAACAACAGCAGAGAGGAGUACCUCCAGUUCAACGUGACAAUUGAAGUGGUGACACGCAACAUCAUCGAUGUCAAUGGCCAGAACAAGCAUCAGGUUUGGGUUCAGAGUUCACAGGAUUGGUUGACACUGUACUCCACUCCAAAGAUUCAGUGUGAUGUGCAUGGCAUAUGUGGGCCUUUUUCAGUCUGCAGUUACAGUUUGCUUCCACUCUGUAGCUGCAUGAAGGGAUUCUCUGUCAGCUCAGUGAAGGAUUGGGAGCAAGGUGAUCGAACUGGUGGUUGUGUGAGAAAGAAUUCACUGGAUUGUGUAGGUAGCAACACCAGUGAAGCAGCUUCAACUGAUAAGUUCUACUCCAUGUCUAAUAUCAUCUUGCCUGACAAAGCUCAAAGCAUUCAGGAUGUCGGCAGCUCAGAUGAAUGCUCGAAGGCUUGCCUCAGCAGCUGCUCCUGCACUGCUUAUUUCUAUGGCAGUAAAGGAUGCCUUGUUUGGCACACUGAAUUGCUCAAUGCAAAGCUGCAGCAAAACCACGAUGGAACGGGUUCCAAUGGAGAAAUCUUGUAUCUCCGUCUUUCAGCAAGAGACAUGCAGACCAGCAACAAACAUAGAGUGACAAUUGGUGUCGUCGUUGGUGCAUGCGUUGCUGCUUUCGCUGUACUGGUGUUCAUCGCAGUACUGUUAAUCAUCAGAAGGAAAUGCAAAAGCAGCAGUGAAAAUUAUGGCAGCCUCAUUGCUUUUAGAUACAAAGAUUUGCGUUCUGCAACCAAGAACUUCUCCGAAAAGAUAGGUGAAGGUGGCUUCGGUUCAGUCUUCAAGGGCCAGCUGCGUGAUUCGACCGGUAUAGCCGUGAAAAGACUUGAUGGUAGCUUUCAGGGUGAAAAGCAGUUCAGAGCUGAAGUUAGGUCCAUUGGAACCAUCCAACAUAUCAACUUAGUCAAUCUGAUUGGCUUCUGCAGCGACGGCCACAGUAGGUUUCUCGUCUACGAACACAUGCCGAACAGGUCACUCGAUAUCAAUCUUUUUCAGAGCAAUGGCGAGUUCUUGGACUGGAGCACUCGGUACCAGAUAGCCAUUGGUGUUGCUAGAGGUUUGUGUUACCUGCACGAGAGCUGCCAUGACCGCAUCAUCCACUGCGACAUCAAGCCGCAGAACAUACUGCUCGACGCAUCGUUUCUCCCCAAGAUUGCAGACUUUGGGAUGGCAAAGUUUGUAGGGAGAGAUUUCAGCAGGGCUCUGACCACCAUGAGAGGAACCAUGGGGUAUCUUGCACCCGAGUGGAUCAGUGGGACAGCCAUUACACCAAAGGUAGAUGUUUACAGCUAUGGAAUGGUGCUUCUGGAGUUAGUGUCAGGUAGGACGAACUUAGCCAGGUCAGAAGAACAGUCCUCUACUUCUGCAUCCACUAACACUAGUGACAACCAUGCUGUCUACUUCCCAAUGCAAGCUUCCAGGAAGCUUCUAGAUGGAGAUGUGAUGAGCUUGCUGGACCAGAAGCUGUCUGGUGAAGCAGGCUUCAAGGAGGUUGAGAGAAUCUGCAAGAUCGCCUGCUGGUGCAUUCAAGACAACGAGGAAGAUCGGCCGACGAUGGGUCAAGUGGUUCAGAUUCUCGAGGGUGUGGUGGAUUGUGACAUGCCCCCGUUGCCAAGGUUUCUUCAGAGUAUCUUUGAGAGGCCCUCUUCUGAUAGAAACAGCUCGUCAGUUCUCCUUCUUGUCGGUACCGCUGAUUGCCGAUGAGAAUAUCAGU